AGGAACUCUCUGAGCCAAGCGCUGACAGACACAGCUGACUUCCAUCCUGAGUACCAGGCACACGCUUCCAUUGCAUCAAGUCAAAAAGUAUCCUACGCACCAUGGCAUCGGACGAAUUGGCGAGGGAACUGCAGCCCAGGCUGGCCGCGGACCCGGCUCCCCUAUUCAACCCGUCUACACCAGAGGAGAUCCCGGUGAAAGCGAGCGACCCUGUCCCUGGUCCGCAGAAAAAAGCGGUGGUGGUCAUUGCCAAUGAUGACACAUCGGAACUCACAGCGAAACUCACCCGGAGACUGUGCAUCAACAAUGGGAACGCGGCGCCCAAGCAGGCCAAGGUGUUCAAUCCCUACACGGAAUUCAAAGAGUUCUCCCGCAAACAGAUCAAAGACAUGGAGAACAUUUUCAAACGGUUUGACAGUGGUAAGGAUGGCUUCAUAGACCUGAUGGAGCUGAAGAUGAUGAUGGAGAAGCUGGGGGCUCCUCAGACCCACCUGGGCCUCAAGAACAUGAUCAAAGAGGUGGAUGAGGACUUCGACGGCAAGCUGAGCUACAGAGAGUUCCUGCUGAUCUUCAGGCGAGCAGCUGCCGGCGAGCUGCUGGAGGAGAGUGGUCUGAUGGCUCUGGCCAGACUGUCUGAGAUAGACGUCUCCACAGAGGGAGUCAUGGGGGCACGGGCCUUUUUCGAGGCUAAGGUGCAGGCUCUGAAGGUGGGCAGUAAGUUUGAGGCUGAGAUCCGAGAGGAGCAGGAGGAACGGAAGAGACAGGAGCUAGAUAGGAAACGGAGACAGGCUGCUUUCAAAGAGCUGCAGUCUGCCUUCUGCUCUUAACACAGUAGACACACUAAAACACACACACACACACACACACACACACACACACACACACACACACACACACACACACACACACACACUAAAACGUCCAUGAUCACACGCAGACUUACAUGCACUGGAAGGGAGGUUUUAAAGUAGUUCCACAGCCUCCCUGAAUACACAAAUAAGAGUAUUUUAUUGAAUAAUGCAAGAGAUUGCUAAUACGGUUAUUGUUAUGAUAUGGCUAUUAUGAUUGAUUGUUGUUAUUAUUGUUCUAAUUAAUAUGAUUGUAUUAGCUAUUAUACACAAUAUUCUCACAUGUUUUCAAACAGUGAGGUCAUGCCUAUUUUAAGGAAAUAGAUUGUUCUAUUUGCCAUGAAUCAUUUAAUUGUUUGAUGUUCCAUACUGAAAAGGUUUUGUGGAGCAAUGUAUUGACCAAUUUAUGUGUAGAAGGCAAAGGAAUGUUACAAUACCUGUGUCAAAAACAGUUUCUCACAUUUUCAAAAUCACUCUGUGAAUCUACGUUUUUACUUUUGGCAGAUUGUACUAUUAUAUUGUAUAUUAUUAUUAUAUUAUACUGACCUGUAAUCCAUGUUUGUUUAAUUUCUAGAAACAUACCAUCAUGUAACACUGUAGCAAUAUGUUGUCUUAUGUGUUCUGAAAUUAAAAGGAAAUGGAUGUAUUGUAUUUUUCCAUAAAUAAAACAAUGGUAAUCACA